AUGCAGCUAUACCGUGCUUCUCGCCGACCUCUCCCUAACAAGACUGGAGAUGGUACCUACCAAGUGGUUAGGAACAGGCCGACUCUGAUGCAGGAUCUAAGCACAAUCACCUUUCAAGAUCUCAAGACGCUCAAGGCGAUUAUCACUGCGAAGCUCAAGGGCGAGACUCAAGCCGACGACAAAACAAUGAUAAUGGAGAAGACUAUUCAAUUGGUCGCUGCGAUGCCUAGCGGCUCUAAGAGACAAGAAAUGCUCACUAAUAUGUUCAUUGACGAGCUAUGGUACUCGCUUGAUCAUCCCCCAUUGUUGUACAUGGGAGACCAAUUCCGCUUCCGCCAGGCUGAUGGAUCUAACAACAACCCUCUCAUGCCCAAGCUUGGUGCAGCCGGUACUCCCUAUGCGCGCUCAUGCCAUCCUGGAGUGGUACCACUGGGAGCUUUGCCUGAUCCCGAAGCUGUCUUCGAGUCCAUCAUGGCCAGAGACAAGUUCAUCAGGAAUCCCAACAACGUCUCAAGCAUCCUGUGGUAUUGGGCAACCAUUAUCAUCCAUGAUUUGUUCUGGACCAACGAAAGGGAUCCCAACAUUAACGAUUCAUCAUCAUAUCUCGACCUAGCCCCCCUCUAUGGUCAUAGCCAAGAGGCCCAGGACUCCGUCCGCACAUUCAAGGAUGGCAUGUUGAAGCCCGAUACCUUUGCUGAUAAGAGACUCUUGGGCAUGCCCCCAGGUGUCUGCACCAUCCUUGUCAUGUUCAACCGCGUUCAUAACUACGUUGCCGCAAAUAUGGCCGCCAUCAAUGAGGGCAACAGGUUCGCCAAGCCUUCUCCAACUCUACAGGGAGAUGCUGCGACUGCGGCUUGGAAGAAAUACGACGAGGAGUUGUUCCAGACGGCUCGCUUGGUGACUUCUGGUCUGUACAUUAACAUCACUCUUGUUGACUACGUGCGAAACAUUAUCAACCUGAACAGAGUUGAUACCGAGUGGACACUGGAUCCUCGACAAGAAGCCGGUGUCGAUGUCGGCACCAAAAAGGGCUCUGAUCGAGGAGUUGGCAACUGCGUCUCUGCGGAAUUCAACCUCUGCUACCGCUGGCACUCCUGCAUCUCCGAGAUGGAUGACGAAUGGAUUCAUGCCUUCUACGACGACCUUUUGGGAGAAAACUACGGCACCAUGGAUAUGCGCACGCUGAUGAUUGCUAUCCGCAAGUUUGCCAUGGGCAUGCCCAAGGAUCCUGCUGACUGCGUCUUCGGCGGCUUCACACGCGGUCCUGAUGGUCGCUUUGACGACGACGAUCUCGUCAACUGUAUUGCCACGGCCAUUGAACAGCCUGGUGGUUCAUUUGGUGCCCGCAACGUCCCUCGCAUCAUGAAGCCCGUGGAAAUGCUCGGCAUCAUUCGUGGCCGAAAGUGGCACCUGGUGGGCUUGAACGAGUUCCGAAAACACUUUGGCCUCAAAGCCUACGAGACCUUUGAGGACAUCAACUCGGAUCCCCAGGUUGCAGAUGCUCUGCGCAAUCUUUACCAGCAUCCUGACUAUGUCGAGCUCUACCCAGGCAUCGUCGCCGAAGAGGCCAAGUCGCCCAUGGUCCCUGGUGUUGGUAUUGCGCCGACUUACACUAUUUCCCGUGUCGUCUUGUCUGACGCCGUCUCCCUUGUCCGUGGUGAUAGACAUUACACUACGGAUUAUAACCCUCUGUACCUCACAAACUGGGGCUACAAGGAGGUUGAGUAUGAUCUUAAAGUCAACCACGGCUGUGUCUUCUACAAGCUCUUCAUCCGAGCAUUCCCCAACCACUUCAAGCAAGACUCCGUCUAUGCCCAUUACCCCAUGGUCAUCCCCCAGGAGAACCGCAAGAUCCUGACCAGCUUGAACCGCGUCCACCGCUUCAGCUUCGAGCGCCCGAGAGCCUCUGCUCCUCGCGUCGACAUCACCACCUUUGGCGGCUUCAAGCAGGUGAUUGCAAACGAGGACAAGUACCGCGUGCAGUGGCAAGAAGGCCUCGAGAUUCUUUCCGGCCACACAGGCCGCUACAUGCAGGCCAGCGACCGCAAGACGCUCGAAUCCGUGCUCUACAAGGACGGUUGGAGGAGUGCCGUCAAGGCCUUUUACGCAAAGACGGCCGAGAAGCUGUUGGCAGAAAAGUCGUACACCAUUAUGGGCAAGAAGCAUGUCGAUAUUGUUCGUGAUUUCGGAAACACGGCUCACACCCACUACGCCGCCCAGAUCUUCAACAUCCCCCUCAAGACGCAGGAGAAUCCCAAGGGCGUCUUCUCUGAGCAUGAGCUGUAUGCCGCGUUGGCUGCUAUCUACACUACUAUCUUCCUGGACAUUGAUCCCGCCAAGUCCUUCUCUCUGAGACAGAAGACCAAGGAAGCUGCCGAUGCUCUUGGAGCGUCUAUCGAGACAACUGUCAAGUAUACCAAAUCUCUUGGCCUUCGCCUCUUUACCGGCAACACCAGCAACGAUCCUCUUUCCACCGCCGGUGUUAAUGCCGUCAAGGCUCUGGCCAAGUCCGGCAUGAGUGCUCACGAUAUCGCCUGGGGCUUGAUCCUGCCCACAGCCGCUGCGAUUGUUCCAACCCAAGGCCGACUGUUCGCCCAAGCUCUCGACUGGUACCUUUCUUCCGAAGGCGCUGCCUACGUCGACGACAUCCACACCCUCGCUUCUCAAGAGCCUAGCCCCGAAACCGACGCUCUUCUCCUCGGUUUCGCCAUGGAAGGCGUCCGUAUGGCUGGUGCCUUUGGCUUGCACCAAGUUUCCACUGGCCCCGACACCAUCACCGAGGAUGACGGCCGCAAAAUCAACGUCAACCAAGGCGACAAGGUCUUCGCGUCCUUCGUCUCCGGUGCCCGAGACCCUAAUCAGUUCCCCAACCCAGAAACCAUUGAUCCGCGCCGUCCUCUUGACUCUUAUAUCCAGUUCGGCGCCGGCACGCACAGAGCUCUGGACAAGGAAGUCAGCCAGAUCGCAUUGGUGGAGCUUUUCCGUGCGAUUUUCAAGAGGCAGGGCCUGAAGAAGGUUGCCGGGCCGCAGGGAGAGCUGAAGAAGGUCCCGAGACAGGGCGGCCACUGCGAGUAUCUGACUGAGGACUGGGGCACUCUUACGCCCUUCCCUCUGUCGAUGAAGGUUACCUGGGAUAAUUAG